AUGUUCUACUUUGAUAUCAAUCGCAAAGACGACAUUGCCUGGUCAAUAAUGACCAUCUUCUUUGCAAUGAUAUGGGGAGUAUUGACGAUCAAGUAUCAAGCAUUUGAUGAGAAUACAGUCAACAUUAAUUCAGAGUCCAGUGUUCCUCUGUCUGGCGACAAUGAAUCAAUGGAGAUAUAA